CCCUCGUCCUAUCUGCUGGAGAAAGAGAGAGGAGGGCAGAGAGACUGAGAUUGCGUGAGUGUGUGUGAGAGAAGAGAGUGCGAGUCUGUCGGUGGUGCUGGGAAUCGGACGACAUGAGCUCUACAUGAGUCGUGUAAAAAAAAUGCUUUAAGACGCUCUCGGCGUUUGCGUUUGACCCCUCCGAACCGAGGACGAGCCUGAAGCGGAGCCGUGUGCGCAUUGAAGAUCCACCGCGACCAGGUGCAGCACUGUCUUAAGCCUGCAGAGGCAGAAUGCCGGAGCAGAGCAACGACUACCGUGUGGUGGUGUUCGGCGCGGGAGGCGUGGGGAAGAGCUCCCUGGUCCUGCGCUUCGUUAAGGGCACGUUCAGGGACACCUACAUCCCCACGGUGGAGGACACCUACCGGCAAGUGAUCAGCUGCGAUAAAAGCGUGUGCACCCUGCAGAUCACAGACACCACGGGCAGCCACCAGUUCCCGGCCAUGCAGCGCCUCUCCAUCUCCAAAGGCCACGCCUUCAUCCUGGUCUACUCCAUCACAAGCAAACAGUCUCUGGAGGAGCUGAAACCCAUUUAUCAGCAGAUUCUGGCCAUAAAAAGCAAUGUCGAGGCCAUCCCCAUCAUGCUGGUGGGAAACAAGAGCGAUGAGACCCAUCGUGAGGUGGAGACCAAGGACGGGGAGGACCAGGCCAACCGCUGGAAGUGCGCCUUCAUGGAGACGUCGGCCAAGACCAACCACAACGUCACGGAGCUCUUCCAGGAGCUGCUCAACCUGGACAAGAAGAGGAACAUGAGCCUGAACAUCGACGGCAAGCGCUCCGGGAAGCAGUCCCGCGCAGAGAGACUGAAGGGCAAAUGCAGCGUGAUGUAGAUCGAGAAAGAGGAGAGGAGACGGAAGGAGAGGAGAAGAGAGGAGAGAGGGAAGAGAGGGGAGGAUAUGUUGAUCGGGAGGGAUAAAUGAGAAGGACAGGACAAAGGAGAAGACUCUCUGUCUAUCCAAUCAAAGCAAAAAUGUUGCGAUGGCAAUGGGAAUCUUAUUAUCCACAUCCUCCAUUUGUUUGCGUUGGGAUUUCAGAACCACAGCAGCGCACCGGAAAGAAGCAGCUCAGAAGUGUUUGUCUAAGUGGGCGGAGGUGAGACGGUGGCGCAGCGUCCAGGAACCGUGGAGAAGAAGACGAGCGAGAAAUGGAAUCGUGGAGGCUGCAGAGAUUUGCGUGCAUCAAAACAUCGGAGCCAUCGUCAAAGUAGAAUAAAGGUCCUCGAUGAGUUCAAAUCAUUUAUCUUUUCAUCUGGCCUCUUCAUGUGUGCUUCUCCAUCUCCCACUAUCCCAACAUCUUUAGAAAUAACCGGUUUUUACUUUCUUCAAGAUCAGUCAUCUGCUGAAAUCGGUCCAUUAUGCUAAUAACUGCGGGAAUCACACAUCUGAGACUGCCAGCAUGAGCAGCACUCAGCCGGACAUACAACCCAGCAGGUCCCGGAGCCACAGCACUGGACUCCGGUGUACAUAACCACGGGGGUGUGUAAAUAUCUUCCAUCUAGCCUAAACAUCUUUAGCCUCAACUAAUCACUCAGUCACAGGAGAGGAGCAACUCAAGUCUGAUAGCGUUAACAAUUCACCUCAUCGUUCCUCCUCGGAGAUGGAGAGGGGAAAAAAAAGAUUCAUUUCUCUUCUGGUCUUGUAAAAAAACAAAAAAACAACUUAGCAACAAAACCUCUGAGAAUCAUCACCGUAAAUGAGGAGGUAUCCAGCUUGUACACUGAUACACGCAACAAUCCUUUUAAAACGUUCAUAAAGCAUAGAAUAACCGAAGAGGAGGAAGGCGAACUGCAGGACGAAGAAGGAGAAACGAGGCUGCCUUGUUUUACCAGGAUGGAUAAUCAAUGCCAAGAUGGAGAGACGAAUGGAAGAGGUCAAGAAUAUCAGCUCGCUUUGACACUUUUCAUGUGAAAGUUUCUCUUUAUGCCUUUUUAUCCUAUCCUGUUUGCUUUGUAAUGAUCUUUAAGAAUCACGCUAGAUGGGAAGGAAAUCCUUAAAUUUAAAGCAGAGUGAAGGAGGGAGAAAAACAGGAGGCUAAAAGAAAACACGGUCCAUUUGGAGAACUGCUAGUCCUGUUUCUAUUGUGCUGGUUUGAUUAUAAAUACACAGCAGACAGAUUUGAACCUCUGGUAAAGAUACGGUAAAAGACUUGAAGUAAAAGCAGAAUUAAGGUGUGGGGACUAAGAUGUUGUGUCUGUGGAAACAUUCCUGACUUGAUUUGACCUAAUGUUGUGAAUCCUUAUCCUGCCAAAAGUCUUGGGAAAUCUGAUUUUCAGUUUACUGGAAGACGCCACAUUUUUAUAAAAAAAAAAAAAAACAAUACAAAUAAUUUCAUAGUUCGUAUAUUCUUACAGGUUGUGCAGGGAAGAGAAACAAGCCCACAGGAUCACAACUCCUCUGUCAUAUUUGUCUUCUGUUUCGGGAUUGAUGAGACAUUUUUGUUCAUUUUCUCACCUGAUCAAUGAACCAAAUGGUCCAAACACAGUUUAGCAGCCUCCAUGUGUUCAUGACGUCGUGGAGGUUUGGAGACUUUAAAGUGCCGCAGAUCCAGUUUGUUUUAGAAGAUUUUACAGAUUCCUCAGUCUGUAGAUUUAGAGAUGUUGCUAUUUUCCAGCAUCAUUUGCUAAAAUCUUCUCUUACCUUUGAAAGAAACUGGCCUCUGAGACGAUCGAAGUCGUCGAUUACUAGCUAAUUUGACAAAAUGUACAUUUUUUACCACCUGCGCUGUAGAGUAGGUUUGGAAUGGCAGAAGCGUUGUUCUUUCUAAAGAGUUACCAAAAAAAAAAAAAAAGUAAAGAGAACAUUUGCAAAAAUCUAUUUAAUCAGAUUAGCUACUGGAAUAAAAGAUGAAUUUAUUCUAAGGCUCUUUACAUAUCUUUACCAGAGAUUUGUCUGCCAUUUGUGCAUCGUCAUCCAUUUAUCCACAAACAGGAAGCAGGAGACGGGAUAAACACACACGCAUGUCGUCAGUAGAGAGAAAACAUGCAUAUGGCUCCGACAGUCACUGUUUACUAACUACAUGGAGACAAAUAGGACUCAUUCCGCUUAAAUCCCCUCACAUUGCACUUUAUAUCACACACACAUUUAAUUUCCCAUGUUGUACCACCUAAUAGCUCCACUGUAAGUCCAAAGUGCAUAAGACAGAAAUACACACACACACACACACCCACCCACACACACACACACACACACCCUUUUCAUGCAGGAGCUCUUAAUGUUGUACACAGGACAGCCAAAAGCACAAUACUUUUUACCAACAUAUCUUUAUGUGCAUUUUUUAUUUAUUUAUUUUGUUUCUAAGUAUCUUUUUGUAUACUUUGUGUAAUGUCAUCAAUGGUUGCUCUCAGUCCCAUUGUCUUAUUUCUCCGGUACAUUAGCACAACGAAGUCGUGGUUCUGCUGAGCAACAGGGUAUCGGCUGGCUGUGUUUGCAGAGCGUAAUCUGAGCUGGGCGAGCCACAUCAAUUGUUCACUUUCUCUCCAUUUUCUCAGGUUGGGCUCUUAGCAACAAUUAGAGUGGAGGAUAAUCUGCUUGUGUACUUUUUAAACCCAAAGACAAAGAUGACAACCCAUUUUAACUGUGUUCCCUCCUCUUUGGAGAGAAGCAAAACAACAACAACAAAAAAGCACAGCAACUGUUCCUCGUCCUUCUCCACCUCUUGUGUUUGUGCGCAGCGUUAUCAAAGAUCGGGGCAUUUUAGGGGAACAUUUUACUUGAAGACCUGCUCAUUUGAGUGAAAUGACCCAAAACAUGCUCCGGAUGCGUAGCUGUAAUAAACAUGCGUUACCCUAGAGGACUGAAAAGCUCUUCAAGUAAGAUGUUACCCGUGCAAAGAGAUGCUUUAACACUGUCUUUCUGGAAGGAGACUCUUUCUAAGCAGGAAGUGCAGUUACUGCAGUUGCUAUGUACUGUAAUUUUCCAUCCAAUAAUAUUGCUCAUCAUAUCAUCUCGCUAUUGAUGCAUCAGCUCUUCAGAUUUUAUCAGUUAGAUCCAAAUGUGAAUAUGUAACUAAAGAUUUCACUUCAUAGCUAUUACUACUUAUUAUUAUUAUUUUUCUUUUCUGAAUGUAUUUGUUGUUAUUGCUGUGUUGUACUUUGCACUAAUGUGAGGUCCUCUGAAACUCCACAGUUACCUUUUAAACGUUCCCUUUACAUGUUAGAGGCCAGGGAUGCUUUAUUGAUUUUUUU